AUGUGGUCCACUGCUCCUAAGGAAGCUGCUGAGUAUGAAGAUUACACCUUUGAGGAACAUUUUGGAAAGCUCUUGCCGUCAUAUUUACCAAGGGAAUUCUUCCGACGUUAUAUUGACGGUCGCAUGAGAAAUGGGAAGUGUGGGGAUCUUUCUCCUUUCGUUCAUUACGAACAUGUUGUUACAAGUGUUGAAUACCGAGAGAAAUCAGACGAUUUUGUCGUGUGGGUUAGAGACCUUCCUGGAAACAAACAUUUCAAAGAAUGUUUCUCACAUAUGAUCGUCGCGACUGGUACCUUUAGUUACCCAAACAUGCCAGAUUUCCCUGGAAUAGAAACAUUUCAAGACCGGAUUCUGCAUUCUCAUGAAUUCAAGGAGGCAAAAGAAUUCAAAAAUCAGACCGUUUUAAUUAUUGGUGGCAGGUCUUCCGCCAGUGAGAUCGCUCUUCAACUGAUCAAGUACGACGCAAAACACGUAAUUUGCAGUUAUAAGAACGAACCGAUGAAUCUAAUGAAUCUAAAAUGGCCAAAAGGAAUAGAAGAAAAGCCAACAGUCGAAGAAGUCAAAGAUCACACAGUCGUCUUUAAAGACAAAACAGAGCACUGCUUUGACACGAUUAUAUACUGCACGGGAUAUCGAUAUAAUUAUCCCUUCCUAAAAGAAGACCUUCAUUUCGACAUGCAAGGAAAAUCUGAUCUUUUCCCAGAUAAUAUGUACAGAGGCACUAUUUGGAUGAAUGGAGGCAACAAUAGAUAA